AUGUCGUUGAAAUUGACAUAUUUCGAUAUUCGCGGACUCGCUGAGCCAAUUCGACUUUUGCUCGUCGACAAGCAAGUUGCUUUUGAAGAUCAUCGUGUCAGCCGUGAAGCAUGGGCUGAAUUGAAGCCAAAAAUGGUAUAUCCAAUAUAUUUUUUUCGGGAAAAAACUAGACUAACUAAAUUUUUGCAGAUUUUCGGUCAAAUUCCAUGUCUUUAUUCGGGAGAUGAGGAAAUCGUUCAAUCGGGAGCAAUUUUGAGACACUUGGCUCGCAUCCAUGGUUUGAACGGCAACACGGAAGCCGAAACAACAUUCAUCGACAUGUUCUACGAGGGAAUUCGUGAUUUGCACUCAAAAUAUGCGCAUGUUAUUUAUACAUGUUACGAGGAGGGAAAACAACCAUUCAUUGAAAAUAUUUUGCCAGUCGAGUUGGCGAAAAUCGAAAAACUUUUGCACACUUUCAAGAAUGGCGAACAUUUUGUGGCUGGAGAUCAUGUAAGUUUGACACGUCAUAACUCGUUCUAGUUUGAAAUGAGAAAUGAAAAUUCUUGCGGUAUAGAAGUCAGCAGGUGGAAAACUUAUUGUUUUUUAUUACAAAUCUGAACAUUAGUUGUGACGUGGCAAGACCCUAAUUUUGCCACGUCAUAACACGCAUCCAAGAAAAAAACGUGUCUUUUAUCGGAAACGUAUCUAAAGUGCAUUUUGAUAAAGAAGAAAAAAAUAAUGUCAUCAUUUUCUUAUCAAAUUUGUAAAUAAUUUGGUGAUUUUUGAACUGGAACUCGGGAAUUCUGGAAAAUCGGGUCAUGUUUAAUUAUUUAGUCGGGUAUUUUCAAAACCCUGAAAAAGUCAAAUUCACUUUUUUUACAGGAAAGCUAUGCUGAUUAUGUGUUGUUCGAAGAACUCGACAUAAUUCUCAUUCUUCAUCCAACUGCUUUGGACAAAUUUCCAACUCUCAAAAGAUUCCACGAAAGAUUUGCCGAGCGACCAAACAUCAAGGCUUAUUUGAACAAAAGAGCUGCUCUUAACACACCAGUUAAUGGAAAUGGAAAACAAUAA